AUGCCUCGUCCAAUUCCUGAAGGUGGGCCAGCUGGGCAAGUCGUGUACCCGGCUGGCGGGAUAAAGUACUGGCGACAUUUAUCCCUGUCAAACGAUCUUUCAUUCUUUCUUUCUUUCUUUCUUUCUUUCUUUCUUUCUUUCUCCUUCGAUCUAUCAAUUCUUUUUCCUUACUUUCCUUCAAUCUAUCAGUUCUUUUUUCCUUACUUCUUUCUUUCCUUCAUUUUCAUUUUUCCUGAAGUUCCUUUUCUUUUCUUUCUUUCUUUUUCUUUCUUUCUUUCUUUUUUCUUUCUUUCUUUCUCCUUCGAUCUAUCAAUUCUUUUUCCUUUCCUUCAUCCACUUUCAUUCAUUCUUUUCUUUCUUUCUUUCUUUCCUUCUUUCUUUUCUUUCUUUUCUUUCUCCUUCGAUUCAAUUUUUUUUCCUUACUUUCCUUCAUCCUUAGAUCUAUUAAUUCUUUCUUUUCUUCCUUUUUUUUUCUUUCUUUCCUCUUGCUUUCCUUCAUUCUUUUCUUUUCCUCUUGCUUUCCUUCCAUUCUUUUUUCUUUCUUCUUUUCUAUCAAUUAUUUUCUUUCUUUCUUUCUUUCUUUCUUUCUUUCUUUCUAUUUCUUUUUUCUUUCCUUCAUUCUUCGUCCUUAGAAAUUCCUUCUUUCUUUCUUUCUUUCUUUUCUUUUCUUUCCUUUUUUUCCUUAGAUCUAUCAAUUUUCAAAAUUCUUCCUUUCUUUUCUUUCUUCUUUUCUUUCUUUUUCUUUUCUUUCUUUUCUUUCUUUUCUUCUCCUUCGAUCUAUCAAUUCUUUUUCCUUACUUUCCUUUCAUUCUUCUUCUUUCUUUCUUUUUUUUCUUUCUUUCUUUCUUUCUCCUUCGAUCUUUCUUUCUUUUUUCCCCGAUCUAUCAAUUUUUUCCUUUUCCUUCAUUCUUCAUCCUUAGAUCUAUUAAUUCUUUCUUUCUUUCUUUCUUUCUUUCUUUUCUUUCCUUUCUUUUUUCUUUUUUCUUUCUUUCAAUUAUUUUCCACUUUCUUCAUUCUUCUUUUUUUUUCUUUUCUUUUCUUUCUUCAUUCUUCAUUUUUAGAUCUAUUAAUCUAUUCUUUUUCUUUUCUUUCUUUUUUCUUUUCUUUUUCUUUCUUUUCUUUUUUUUUUUCUUUUUCCUUUCUAUUUCUUUUUUCCUUACUUCUUUCUUUCCUUCAUUCUUCAUUUUUAGAUCUAUUAGUUCUUUCUUUCUUUCUUUCUUUCUUUCUUUCUUUCUUUCUUUCUUUCUUUCUUUCCCCUUCGAUCUAUCAAUUCUUUUUCCUUACUUUCCUUCAUUCUUCAUCCUUAGAUCUAUUAAUUCUUUCUUUCUUUCUUUCUUUCUUUCUUUCUUUCUUUCUUUCUUUUCUCCUUUCUAUCUUCUUUUUUUCCUUACUUCUUCCUUUCCUUCAUGUUCUUCAUCCAAGAAUUGUUCUCUUCUUUCUUUUUUUUCUUUUUCUUUCUUUCUUUUUCUUUUCUUCGAUCUAUACAAUCCAAGUAGAUUUUUUUUUUCUUUUCUUUCUUUCUUUCUUUUCUUUCUUUUUUCUUUCUGCAAAAUUUUUGUUUUUAGAACAUUAAUCAUUUUUUCCUUUCUUUUUUCUUUUUGCAGCGUAAAAUUGCCUAUUUCAUUCAUUUUUCCAAAGAGUUAUGAACUUCUUUCUUUCUUUCUUUCUUUCUUUCUUUCUUUCUUUCUAACCCUGGUUCCAGCUUUAUGA